AAGAGGGAGUACGGAGUUUCCUUUUCGUGAGCUUUUAAUCUUAAAAAGAAUAAAAUUUUCGCUUAGUCACAGGGGGCAGAGCCCACUCCAGAGAGACCUCCCUGCCAAAGCUGCCGGGAUCCUCUACUUCCACCCUCAGCAUAGCAGGCGCUUUCGGGAAAGGAGUAAAUUCCUCCCUGCUGCCUCAGGUGGCAUAGGAAUAGACAUGUCUCCAGGGAGGCUCUGCUGCCUGGUGCUGCUGACCCUAGGGGCGCUGGCUGUGGUGGUUGUGCUUGUGGUCAUCCUGACUCAACCCAAGUGUGGCCCUCAGCAAUAUCUGCAUGGUGCUGUGGCUGCUGACACCGAGAUCUGCUCUGACAUCGGCCGGGACAUCCUGAAAAGUGGAGGCACAGCUGUGGAUGCUGCUAUUGCUGCCUUGAUCUGCACCUCCGUGAUGAAUCCUCAGAGCUCGGGCCUGGGUGGCGGGGUCGUAUUUACCAUCUAUAAUGCCAGCACAGGAACAGUCGAGGUGAUCAACGCCCGUGAGACAGUCCCACGAGUGUUUCUGCACAAUUUGUUGAAUGGCUGUGCUGGUGUCCCUAUUGGGCCCCACUGGAUUGCUGUACCGGGAGAAAUUCGUGGGUAUGAAGAAGCCCACAAGCGAUAUGGCCGCUUACCAUGGAAAUCACUGUUUGAACCAACCAUCAAGCUCCUUUCAAAGCCACUUAUCAUUUCCCCAGUUAUGGACAAAAUUAUCAGUCACCCAGACUUCUCCAGACCAGGACGAAGCCUCUGCCCAUUGAUAUGUGAAGGUCAAAGGUUUUUGAAGCUUGGAGAGGCCUUCAGGUGGCCAGCACUACAGCAAACACUGAGAGCUGUGGCUGAAAACGGAGCUUCGGCAUUUUAUGAGGGGCCUAUAGGAAAGGCCCUGGUGGAGGACGUGAGGAAGGCUGGAUCCACUAUCUCACUGGAGGACCUUAAGGCAUACAAAGCAGAAGUGUCCUCAGCUCUGAACAUUACCCUGAACAAUUACACCACAGUGUUUUCUCCUGGGCCGCCCAUGGGAGGUGCUGUGCUCCUGUUCAUCCUCAAAAUACUCGAAGAGUAUAAGCUCCAUAAAGAGUCACUGGCAACACCUGAGGAGAAAAUGGAAAACUACCAUCUUAUUGCAGAGGUCCUGAAGUUUGGCAAUAUGCAAAAACCCCAUAUGAGCGACCCAACAUUUUCUGAUGCCCAGGUGACUGCUAGGACCCUGCUAUCUGAUAAAAUCGCUAAGCUUGUCAGAAGCCGAAUUGAUGACCGCGGUGACCAUCCACUCAACCAUUACCAGUUGUUGGAAUCUGCCUCUAGCCACAGAUACAAGACUAAGGGCACCACCCAAAUAUCUGUACUUGCUGCAGAUGGCAGUGCCGUGUCCGCUACUAGCACCAUCAACUACCCGUUUGGCUCCUUUAUAUAUUCUAACCAAACUGGGAUCAUUUUAAAUAAUGAACUUGCUGAUUUCUGCAUAGCAAACAGAAGUAUUAAACCAGGAGAGAAGCCUCCCUCAGCCAUGGUGCCUUCCAUCCUUGUAUCCAAGACAGGAGACAUGCUGGUGAUUGGAGGAGCUGGUGGGGCCUGGAUUAUCAGUGCGACUGCUAUGGCUAUUAUAAACAAGCUAUGGCUUGGCUAUGACCUGGAACAUGCCAUUUCAGCUCCCAUCAUGCAUACUGAAGGUGACAAAAUCCUGUUUGAAACAAACUUCAGUGAGGAGGUUAGGAGUGGCCUGCUGAGAAGAGGACAUAAAGAAAAGAAAUUUAUGUUUGCACUGAAUGUUGUGCAGGGGAUUUCCAAGGAAGGAAAAUGCAUCUCUGCUUACUCUGAUAUAAGGAAGCUGGGGAAAUCAGCUGGAUAUUAACAACAGAUGCCAUCACAACCCCUUUAUUCUAACUAAAAACCACACAAGAUAACUAAAUUCAGAACAUGCUUUCACUUGGGCGUACCAACAUCAGCUGCCUCCUAGGCAUCAGGAUGCCUCUCUGAGUGUGGACAAAACUGUUGAUUACACCUAAUUCCAACAGACUGCAGAUACCCUCAGGCAAUACAGGGACACAUCAGCUAGCAUUGAUUAGAGCUACAUCUUUUAUUACAUAUUCAAUAUUUGAAAAAAAUAUAUUUCUUGAGCAGAUCAGCUAUUCAAAAUAGAAAUACAAGGUGGGAAAGGAAAAUUGGUUCCAAACCCACUGGGAACACUGUGAAAUGACAUAACUGUAUCUUCCAUUUGUGCUGGAGAGCCUCAGUUAAGAAUAUAAUUAGUUUCUUUCAGGCUUUUGCUAUGAUAAGAUUAUUACUGGGGCUCAGAGAUAUGAAGUAAGUGUCUGAGCUCUCUUGCUUAGGUAAGUGUUUUGGGGUUAGGAGUACAAGAAGUGACUGUAGACUCAGGAUUUUAAAAUCACAUGUGAGCCAACUUCUGAGGUUACAAGGUGGGCUUGGAAAGGGAAGAAGCACCAUAGCACAAGCCUGUUGCCCUAUGGACUCUCUGUCUUGGGGCACAGAGGGCCCCAGGAGCCCAGAGUAACUCUGCUGAAGCUUCCUUCAACGCCGCACACUGGUGACCUUGACAGUGAGCCUCCCGUGGAGCAAUGUGAAUUCCCUGGUCCCAGGGUGGAAAGGCCUCAGUUCGGUUCCCUCAGGGCACUUCUCCCUGUAGCCAGAGGAGUUCCCACCCUGUGCUGCCAGUUCUCCCUCCGCUGCUUCCUUCCCUUCUGCUUGCAGAAGACAAGUAGUUUGGGAAGGCAGGUGAGGACAGCUUUGGAAAGGAUGUUAUUCUUGAAAGCUUUGUAAUGUUCCGCAAAAUACAAAGAAUGCAUGAUCAUAUGACUUGAUUUGUCACCGUAUGCUCAACUUAGGCAAAUACUACUAGAACUGUUGAGAAGUGAUGUAGCACUGUUAGACAUUUGCAGAAUAUUUUUUCUUCCAUAGCCAAACUAUGUGUUUACCAAAGCUGAUGUCUAACAAUCACUAAAAAUUAUGAGGAGAAAUUUGUAGGAGUAUUUAAGAACCAUCGCUAGCAGAGGAAACUCCUAGAGGAGAGACCUGAACCCAUUCAUCUUGAUGCAAAAGGUCUGUUGCAGUUCUUCCUUGACAUUGCCCUGCUUACUAUGGCUAAGGGAAUUAGAUGUGUAAAAAGACAUAUUUAACAAAGCACUUCCCAGGUACCCGGGGCCAGUUGCAACAGUGCCCAACAACUCUCAUUUCCCCAAAACCUUGUAAACUGCACUUCCCUGUGGGCACAGACAGCAUUGCAUGUGUGUUUCUGAAGGCACAGCAAAGCCAGAGCAAGGCACUAGCCGAUUCCUCUUCUUCCCCAAACAGGUUACUUCUCACCUCACAUCCAGCUGCAGGUAUUCCCACCCCAUUUUACAGAGAUUCCUAGUAAAGAAACAAAUGAGCUGCCUCUGUAAACACUGUGACAAGUGUCUGAGCACACACUAUUAAAAACCCAAAACAAAACCAGGCCUUCCCAUCCGCAUAUGCUGCUAUGAACAAAGCCAGAUAGGUUAUAAGUCUAUGUUCAUGCCCAUAAAGUCUGUCCAAUUAAGCCAUCAACUUGUUGAAAUCUCAGCUUUCAAUGGCAUUUUAAUGAUAACCAAAGUAAAGCUAACAAGAGCCAGACAGAUGUUUUCCUUUGGAAACUGUGCACUAAGGACUAUAGAUCAGAGCACGAGCACAAUUGCGGCAGAGCUGAUACAGAGCUAUUCCAGAGUUGCCAGAUCGUAGCCACAAGCACUUACUCAUGCACCUGGAAGGCAGGUAACCCACGUUUAGAGCCAGCUGCAUGCACCCCACUCCUCCAAGUGGAACGCAUGUUAAAGCCCCCUUUUCAGGGAAGACUUAAAGCUUCUUAAAUAAUUAAGCUUCUUGAAUGCUUCUUGAAGACUUAAAGUUUCUUAAACAGAGCUAUUUACUUAAGCCAUAGAAGUGGCAAAACACCGUUAUACAGUAUUAGAGCAUUGAUCAAAUUCACAUUUCAGCAUAGAGAAAGGGAACGGGCCGAGAGCUUGAAGUUGGGUGGUGUUUUUGUUUAAGUUGUGUGUGUGGGGGGGGGGGGAGGCAGUUUAAAGGGGUUUUUUUUAUAUAUAUAUAGCCAUAUUUGAGCUACAUAAUUUGCUGAAACUAAAAGUUUUCUGGUUUUAGUAAUGACGUCCUUACUUCAGCUACCACUAGGUGUAUUGGUUCUGGUGUCAGAAAUACCACAUCAACUGCAGUGACAUUACAGGAGAAGCAUUUACGGGCACCAGACACCAUUUGCAGCUCACGUUUCGGGACCAGACGGACUAAGCAGAGUGGUUGUCAGCUUUAGCAAGAGCUGUAGUUACUUCUAGCUAGACCAGCUGUGCUUAGAGGUUACAGAAAGGAACCAAGAACUAGCUAGAAGCAGGGUUCUUGCUUCCCUGGUAGGCUUCAGGGCAGCCUUCAGCCGUGCCCUGGGCCACGCUCUGCCUUGUCUCACCAGUGAAAGCGCCAGGACACAAAGUAAUGUUAUUUGCAGUCCGGUGCUGCACUGUGAUUUAACUGCUUUGCUACUGACAUCACAACUGAGCCCACUGAGCAGUUUUAAUACCCGUUACAGGUUUUAUUUGCAAAAUGGAAAGGAAUGAGACUUGAUCUCUCACAGCUGUAGAGACUUCCAAUCCUGGAAGGCAGGCAAAACAUCUGGUGAAGCUGAGUGACUGCACCUCCCUUUGCACCUCUGCUCUUGUGUCUGCCACCUCCUUGCUACUGCUGCAGCUUGCUUGGGUCAAGAGUGCCCCAGGUUGUCCCUUUCCCUUCAUGCUGAUGCCAACAGGAAACCAUUAUUUUUAUACUUAGUCAACUUAAAAGGACUUUUAAAGCACCAUUGUACAGAGACUAUUUUCUGAUGAAGUCUUUAAAUUAUAUUUUUAAUAAAGUGUUUUAAAAUCUG